GACGCCGCUGACAACAAACCAACUAGGCGCACGUGAAAAUGUUUUUUGUUGUCGUUCGGUGUUGAUGGUGCUGUUAAUUUGUCGUACUGUCGCCGAUUCUUCGAGUGCUGAUAUAGACUGACGCAAAGCGUCAUGGCUGCGACGGUGCUGUUUGAAAUCAAGAAAAAGAGUCGCAGUCCCGCUACGAAGAAGUCCCCGUUCCCGCUGGUGUUUCACUUGGGAACUGACAAGUCGAGCAUCGUCACGUGGCAUAUUUGCCGCGGCCUCCUCAAACCCGAUGGUGUCGAAGUGACGUCGCAGGAAGACAUGAAAAUUCUAUACCACAUGGGAUACUUUGGGAAAGGGACCCUCUCACGUUCUGCUCCGAGAUUCAACACCGACAUCAAUGCGGAGGACCCUAUUCAGGAAAGAGCUAUGAGCUUUCACAGGUACCAGCGACACAAGCGGCUUCGGGAGAAAGCCGAGGCAGAAGGAACUGUCGAAUCAAACUCCAAUCUAGACUCGCCAAAGAUUAUUUUGGUCAAACUCCCAGGCAGUGACAAGAAAGAAUUGAGCAGUGAUGUCACCGUCGUUUCGGAAGUGGGUCUUCGCAGACCGGUGCCAAGAAUCUUGGCUAGAGGGAAGAACCGUACGCACAUAGAUAAGGGUGAAGGCGACUGCGCAGACACUGACGACUGCGUGCACGAAGAAGGUGGGAACGCUGGUAGUGAAAAAGCAGGGGACAGUGAAGGAAGUGAGAACAGCGGUGAGAAAAUCUGCAACGUAGAUGAAGGAAGCGAUCCAGAGGCUGCAGACGAUGAAACGAGGAAUGCCAAAGGGGGUGGCGAAGAUCCAGACAUUUUCGAGUGUGACUCUUCGGGUGAGCAGAUCACCAAGAGUGGCAACAAAGACUGCGCGCAGUCGCCCUCGCUGGAACCACAGGACAUCGAUGACGGCAGCAACGACAUUAUUGAAGUGGACAGCCAGAGUGGUGCAGAGGUUACUAGGGAAGACGACGAGUCUGCCGUAGUGGAAGAAUCUCGGCACAAAAAAGGAAGCGACGAAGCUGAUGAGGCUCAAGGAUCGUCCACCUCGGCACUAGAGUGUCACGAGAACGACACUGAUGGCAGUUCUGAAGAAAUAUCAGUCACAGACCAACAAGACGAGAUGGAAGAGCGGCCGCUCGAGAUUGACCUGUCUGCGCCGGAGGCGGGUUUGGAAAAUUCCAUUAAGAUGGCAAUACCUGAGGAGCAGAAGGACAGUAAAGCGGGCCUGCUUGAAAUAAACCUUUCGACGAGUGAAACUCCUACUGGCAGCGCCGAUGAAGUGAGCCCAUGCAAGCAGGAAGGUCAACAUGCAAAGAGGACGCGAAGGCACGAGGAUGGAGGCACUAUUGGCAGUGACGGUGACGAAGUUGAAUUUCUAAAUGCUGACACCGGCGAGGAGUCUGAAGUUUUCUCAACUGAAGACCCAUGGCCUAUGACCGAGUCACUGCAGCUUUUUUUUGAAGAGGCAUACUUCCUUUCUUAUGGCUUGGGGUGUCUCAUUGUUAAGGAUGGUGAUACGGAUUUGGAACUCCUGAAGCUGUGGCAGAGGUUCUGUGGACUGCACGACAACUUUCCUGCCCGAUAUGCCGCCUACCACCACUUCCGCAGCAAGGGCUGGGUGGUCCGGUCUGGGGCAAAGUUUGCAGCAGAUUACCUGCUGUACAAGGAUGGGCCUCCAUUCUAUCAUGCCACUUUCUCGGUGAUCGUGCGCUCCGUGUGGGCCGACACUUUGAGACAGACUGAUCACCGGCUGCAGAGUUGGCCCUCCCUGUCAGGUCUCAUCAGGGUCAACGGAAAUGCCUCCAAGUCAGUGCUGCUGUGUCACGUGAUCAUGCCCAGAGAUGCUGACUUCACCACACCUCAUGUAUUGCGGUCCUUCAAGGUUCAGGAGAUCUUGGUACGACGGUGGAUUGUAUCGGAAGAAAGGGAGAAGAAGGAUGAUUCAUCCUGAGUAGCACCACCUUCUGCCAAGACCACAUGGCUGUGCACUGU